CUGGACGCAUGCGCGCAAGGAAUCUUGGCUGCGCCUUGCGCCCGCGGUCCCCCAGCUCCCCUCGACAUGGCGCUGAGGCGGCGGCCGGGACUCCGGCUCUGCGACCGGCUGCCAGACUUCUUCCUGCUGUUGCUUUUCAGGGACUGCUUGAUAGGGGCUGUGAAUCUCAAAUCCAGCAACCGAAACCCGGUGGUACAGGAAUUUGAAAGUGUGGAGCUGUCUUGUAUCAUUACAGAUUCACAGACAAAUGACCCCCGGAUUGAAUGGAAGAAAAUUCAGGAUGCCCAAACCACAUAUGUGUUUUUUGACAACAAAAUACAGGGAGACUUGGCAGGUCGUGCAGAACUAUUGGGGAAAACCUCUCUAAAGAUCUGGAAUGUGACCCGGACAGACUCAGCCCUUUAUCGUUGUGAGGUGGUUGCUCGAAACGAUCGCAAAGCAAUUGACGAGAUUGUCAUUGAGUUAACUGUACAAGUGAAGCCAGUACCUCCUGUGUGCAGAGUCCCAAAGGCUGUGCCUGUAGGCAAGGCAGCGACGCUGCACUGCCAGGAGAGCGAGGGCUACCCCCCACCUCAUUAUAGCUGGUAUCGCAACGACGUGCUGCUGCCGACAAACUCCAGAGCCAAUCCCAGAUUUCGAAAUUCCUCUUUUCUCUUAAACUCUGAGACAGGCACUCUGGUUUUCAGUGCUGUUCACAAGGAGGACUCUGGGCAGUAUUACUGCAUUGCUUCCAACGAUGCCGGCUCAGCCAGGUGUGAGGAGCAGGAGAUGGAAGUCUAUGACCUGAACAUCGGCGGAAUUAUUGGAGGCGUUCUGGUUGUCCUAGCUGUGCUGGCCCUGAUAACAGUGGGCAUCUGCUGUGCAUACAGACGUGGUUACUUCAUCAGUAGUAAACAGAAUGGGGAAAGUUACAAGAAUCCAGGGAAGCCAGAUGGAGUUAACUAUAUCAGGACAAAUGAGGAGGGCAACUUCAGACAUAAGUCAUCAUUUGUGAUCUGAAAUUUGAUGGUGUGGCUGAGAGCACAUGCAAUACCUCUACUAGAAACUUCUAUCGAGAGCAUCCUGGAGCGAAGUGCACUUGGACAGAGCUAGACACUUGUGCAAAAGCUUUUUGUUUUGGCCAAAGUUGACCGCUACUUCUUACUUUUUAACAAGCCACAUGAAUAAAAGAAUUUUCCUCAAGAUGGGCACAGUCAUCACAAGGAAAAGAAAUUGAAUGAGUUCACUGAAGCUGAUUCCCAGUCUCUGGCCUGACUCCUUCCUGAGUGUUAGGGUGAUUUUAAAGCUCUUGCCCACAGACUCUGCUAGGCUGGGCACUGCGGGCCUGGGAGUGUAUUUGCCACUCGCUGUCAUCAGCCAGGGUGAGCCCCACGUGAAAGGUAACAUGGUAGCUGUGUCACACUAGUAGUGUAGGGGUUGGCAGUGUGACUCCCAGCUUGAAACCCUGCAACUGCAGAGUUUGAAUCAAUGAAUCCAGAAAAGAGGCUUUUUAUGGAAUGACCUUGUGUCACAGUGGCCCACAGACAACGCUGCACCAUUUCUUCUUAAAGGCUUUGUCGAUCAGUGUUGUAGUGUCCAUCUCGGAGAAUCUUUUUGGAUCAGCAUUUUAUAAUAACAGCCAAAAUCCACAAAGGUAAAUUGCUUGUUGAAAGAAGGGGCCUUCUUACCUGUAGGGAACCCCGCUUGUCCAUGGAGCAUUUCGGUAUUUAAGGAAAACUUCUAUUUAGGCUAAAUCUGAAAUGGUACUAAAAUAAUGUUCUGCUUUUCUAUGAGUGUUUAUUUUAUAAAAUUUUACAUUCUAAAUUUUUGCUAAAGAUGUAUUUUGAUUAUUGAAAAUUUCUAUUUAAACUGUAAAUAUGUUGUCAUACAAUGUUAAAUAACAUAUUUUUUAAAAAGUUCAACUUAAGGUAAGAGUUCCAAGUUCCUCGUGUUAAAUUGGAAAAUGUCAGUAAUUAAGAGUAUCUUAACCCAAGGAAUCCUGUCAAGGAGGCUUAUCGGAACAUUCCUUUUUCCACAUGCUUUAGCAAUUUUCACAAGAGAACUUAUGCUGUUUGUACACCAGA